AUGUAUAUUCAACCAGCACCCUAUGCACACUCAUUAACAUCAUCGAGUACUAGUCCAGCUAUGCAUUCAAUCUUAUCGACAACAUCGAAUAAUAAUACGAUACGUUUGUCACAAGAACAUCGCUCACGUCUUUAUCAAAUAGUAAAUGAAUUAACUGAUGACCAAUUGCGUUUAUUUCUAACUAAUCAUAUACAAUCAAUCUCAAAUACUCCAUUGAGUAAUCAAUUUCAACAUUAUUUACGUACACAAUUACUUCAACAAACAUAUAUUCUUAUUGAUAAUUAUUAUUCAGUGGAUCUUGAACAAACGCUCUAUGGAUUGAGACAAAAACGUUUUCAAUCUGAAUAUCAACAACAACAAAUGUACCGACCACCACCACAGCAUCAGCAGCAGCAACAACAACAACAACAGCAGCAACAACAGCAGCAGCAGCAACAGCAAACGUAUGCUGCAUCAUAUAAUCCACAACCAUACUACUAUACUCAAACAACACUGCCGUAUAAUAUUCCAACUAGUUAUCGUCAUCCUUCACCUCCAAAUAUAUCACCACAAUUAAGACAAAUACGGCCAAAUUCUACACAACCUACAAAUGUUCCGAAUCAACGUCCACAAAAUUCUCGUACUCAAGCACAACAGCAACCACAACCUCCUUUCUAUCCUUCAACUGCACCUCGUCAACAAUUUAUUCAACAGCCCCCAACAUCUACACCCACAACUAAUACUACCCGUUCACCUCCAUCGUCAUCAGCAGCAACAACUGCCCCUCCUCUUCGUUUUCAUGUUCCAAUUUUACCUCCACCACCAUCGAGUAUGACGAGACCAACAAUUUCGACAUCCGCACUAGGCUUAACUAUAACUCAUAAAACUUUACCAUUCUAUCGUCCAUUAACAUGUGUUUAUGAAUGUUUUCAAGUAUUUCGCUAUGAUAACUAUCGUAAACAAUUUUGUUCUCGUAAUGAUUUUAUUCUAUCACUUGAUAUAUGUAAUCAAUUAGCUUUGUCACACUAUUAUGAUUCUGAUAUUGAUGUUCAUAAAACAACGAAAUGUUUGGUAAUGCGUCUUGCACGCAUUGAUCAAGCGCCGAUGCCUAAUGGUAAAUAUGAUGAUCAUCUUCCACCUAAUCUAGUUGUUCAUGUGAAUUCACAAAAUUUAACUAAUUUACCAACGCCAAAACCAUGCACAAGACAACAAACAGAUUUAAUUCGUAUUGGACGUGAAAUUGAUAUUACAUCAUAUUGUAUGUUUAAUCCCAUGUUAAAUAAUGAAAUAAGCAUGACAUGGUCAUAUCGUCCAGAUAAUUCAAAUUUACAUGUACAAUAUACCAAUGCACAAUUUGCAUUACAUAUAUUUCUGGUGCAACAUUUAACUAUUGAAGAUUUAUGUGAACAAAUUCGAAAUAAGCCAGCACGAUUUUAUCGAGAAGAUUUAGUUAAAUUAUUAGCUAAAGCUAUUGCCACUGAUCGUGAUCUUGGUUUAGAAGUUAGUGAUCAAAAAUUGAAAUUAAAAUGUCCGAUUGAUCAAAGACGACUAAAACUACCAAUACGAGCUGUAACGUGUCAACAUAUACAAUGUUUUGAUUUAAAAAAUUAUAUAGUUAUAAAUGAAAAAGCCGGUAAAUGGAUUUGUCCUGUAUGCAAUAAAUCCGCAUUAUUUGACGAUUUACAAAUUGAUUCUUAUACUGAAUCAAUAUUAAAUUCAAUUCCAAAUGAAAAUAUUACUGAAAUUAGUAUUGAUAGUAAUUUACAAUGGAAACCUGUUAUAUCAUCAUCGUUCAUUAUUGAACAUCAACAAAUGACAUCAAAUAUGGAUGAUAUUGUUUUAGAUGAUGAACCAAUUGAUAAACAACAUCAUGAAUUUGAUUCUAAAUCAAAUAUUCGACUAAUACCGUCACCAACAAAUGGAUUAUCGGAUGUAAUUCUUAUUGAUGAGGACUAA